UGAUCCUAUUUUUCCCCGUUCCAGUAGAGAGAGAGAGAGAGAGUGGCAUCCCUUACUUUUUCUUCGUUCACUGAGUAUUUCUCUCCCAUUUCGGUGGUUAGGUCGACGCCUUUCAAAUAGCCUCACACACCAACACAGUCGCUGCCUAACACCACUCCCCUUCAUCUGCCUGUCAUCUUCUUUUACUUUAGCGUUUUGGAUCCAUUCAGUGACUACCCAUUUCAGGAUCGACUGGCCAAAUUCGGUUUCACUCAUAUGCUGAUUCAUCAAGAAGUCGUAAUGGAAGAGUUUCCUACCAAGAUCGACCUCCUGCGAUAGUGGGGAGGCUUCAUGUCCGACUGUGAGCCCUAAUCCAUUCUCCUGCCCAUGGGUGGUCACCACAAGAAGCGAACUGCUGCUACUGCUCAUCGUCCUGCCGUCGGCCGCGGCGGACCGGCCGAAUCCCCGCAGUUCAUCCGCGGCGAUGGGUUACCGGCGUCUGGUGGUGGUGGCGGCUCGCCUGCGAUGGUUGUCUCGGUGCCGGACCCUGGGCAAGGGUUUCCAGGUGCCUGUGGAGAAGAAGAAGCUCCCAUCGGAAGAUUGGGAGUGGCGUUGACGGUGGCAGGGAGCGAUCCCGUCAAAUUGCCGGCGUUGGCAGCCAGCAGAGCCGUUCCGGAUGCAUCGGUCAAGGCUGACUGCGAGAAAGCGUUGAUUGCGCUGAGGCGGGGGAACCACACCAAGGCGUUGAGGCUCAUGAAGGAAGCCUGCGUGCGCCAUGAGAACUCGGCUCUUCCGUAUCGAGUUCACGGCACCAUCUGCGUGAAAAUCGCGUCACUGAUCGAGGACUCUAAUGCGAAACAAAGGCACCUCAAGAACGCGAUUGAUUACGCUAAGAAGGCCGUGCUUCUGUCGCCGAACUCGAUUGAGUUCGCGCAUUUCUAUGCGAGUCUUCUCUAUGAGGCCGCGAACGACAGCAAGGGCUACGAGGAGGUGGUUCAGGAGUGCGAGAGGGCGAUCGCGAUCCAGGAUCCUAUCGACCCCGCGAAGGAGAGCUUGCAGGAAGAGAGCCAGCAGAGGCACCCAACACCGCAGGCGAGAAUCGCUCACGUACAGCAGGAAUUGAGGGCUCUUGUUCAGAAGUCGAACAUUGCAUCGAUCUCGACGUGGAUGAAGAAUUUGGGCAACGGUGCGGGCGGCGAGGAGAAGUUCAGGCUGAUACCCAUUCGGCCGGUGGCCACUGAGGACCCCAUGGAGGUGAGAUUGGUUCAGAGCAGACGCCCUAACGAGAUCAAGAAGGUGACGAAGACGCCGGAGGAGCGGAGGAAGGAGAUUGAAGUUCGGGUUGCUGCUGCGAGAAUCUUGCAGCAGAAAUCCGAUUCCCAGCCGCAGACUCCACCGGCCGACGGUAAGCCGUACGGAUCGGCAGGUUCACACAGAGGAGACUCUCGCCGGAGGACGAUGAACAGUAGAAAGAUGUCUUCCAAAGAGAGGAUGGAUCGCAUUCGGUCCUUCUGGCAAGACAUGGAUGCGGAGAAGAGGAGGGGCCUCCUCGAAGUGAAUGUGGGCGAGUUGAAGCUGCAUUGCACGUCCCUGACGUCGCCAUCAUCUUCUCCAUUGGCAUCGUCUACGAAGGAUGGUGUGGUUGCAAUCGACUUGCUAACAGAAGCGCUUUCUUUCGCAGAGAACAACAAGACUUGGAGCUUCUGGGCGUGCUGUCAGUGCGGAGCCAAGUUCGUAGACAGCGAGUCCCAUAUGCAUCACGUAGUUCGCGAGCACAUGAGCGAUCUCUCGCAGAAACUGCAGGCCGCAUUGCCGCAGGAGGUUGACACGGAGUGGGUUGAACUCCUGCUGAACGGCAGCUGGAAGCCUGUGGAUGUCGACGCUGCCCUGAAAUUGCUAGCCCGUUCUUGUGGUGGCGGUUUUCCGAUAGAAGACGGCGUUGGAUUGCGGCCUACAACUGACCACCACUCUGCUCCGGAUGAAAAUUCCAACAAUGAACGCGAAGAUAAAUCAGAUGACGACGUGGUGAAGAAGUUCCAGAACUGUACGAUGUCCGAUCAAACUGAAGUACAAGAUGGAGGUGUAUCAAGAGAGAGCAACAAAGAGACUAUUAAUUCAGAUUCCGAGCUUGUGGAUGGGGAGAAGCAAUCAAGGAAGAUGCUUUUAUCUCAAGAAUGGCCGUUGGCAGAUGAUCCCGAACGACUUAAGCUGCUUGAAAAAAUUCAUGGUUUGUUCCUCUUACUAAUUAGACACAAGUGUCUAGCUGCUAGUCAUCUUAACAAAGUUAUACAAUAUGUGAUCGAGGAACUUCAAGGGCUCAUGUUAGAUUCUUUGCUAAAUCAUGCUGUUGGUUUGAUUCCUCUUUGUAUAUGCUUCCUGGGUGCCGCCCAGCUCCGAAAAGUGCUCAAGUUCUUGCAGGAGUUGUCCCAUUCUUGCGGACUUAGUAGGUACUCGGAGAAGAGCACCUCUGCUGAUGCUACUCAUAGUUCUGAAGGAGAUGGAAUACGAGAACAGAUUGUUCUGAGUGACAGUUCAUCACUUCUUCGUUUGGAUGAACAGUCACUAAGUGACCCAAUUGCGAAUUUAUCAUAUAGUAGGAUGAAACCUGGUGAAGGGGUCGAUGGCAGGGGAAGACAGAGUGAGGAUGGGAUUCUGGAUUCCGACACCGUGUUCUCAUGGAUUAUCAACAACCCAUCUCCUCUUGAGCAAAUGGUGGGAUGGCAGCGAUCUAGAGAAGAGAAGAUGCAUAAAGGACAGGAAAUCCUUCAGAUGCUUGAGAAAGAGUUUUACCUUUUACAGAGCUUAUGUGAGAGGAAGUGUGAACAUUUGAAUUAUGAGGAAGCGUUGAAUAAUGUUGAAAACCUGUGCAUCGAUGAGCUUAAGAAAAGAGAGCAGAACACGAAGGUUAUGCCUUGUAGUUAUGAGGCAAUACUGAGGAAGUGGCAGGAAGAGAUGGCUGAAGGAGAAAACCACUCUCUUUUUGCAAAUAGUAGGCUUGAGCUUGAUGUUGUCACGAAUGUACUUAAAGAGGCACAAGCGCUGAAUGCAACUCAGUUUAGGUAUGAUGAAAAUGUCACAUCUCAUCUCUGUGAUGUGGAGAGUGCCGAAGAUGGUGAGUGGAAGAUGCAGGAUUUGAUGAACCAAAUGGAUUCUUGCAUCGACGAAGCCAUUCGGGGACAGAAGGAACAGUUAUCUUUGGAGCUCAACAAAAUUGAUGCUAGGAUCAUGCGGAAUGUUUAUAGCAUGCAGCAAUUGGAGAUCAAGAUGGGCCCAAUUUGUGCCCUUGAUUAUCGGGCAGUUAUUCUGCCGCUUACAAAGUCAUUCUUGAGGGCCCACCUUGAAGAUUUAGUGGAAAAAGAUGCAACUGAGAAAUCUGAUGCUGCGAGAGAAGCUUUUCUAGCUGAGCUUGCACGUGAUGCACAAAAAAACAGUAACAAAAUUUGUGAUGUUUCAAAGCAAAUGCAUGAUAAAGCAAAGGAUAGGAAAAAAAACAAGGAUUACAAAAAAUUUAAAGAUCUGAAGGUAAUGGGUGCCGAUGAGCAGUAUAUCCACAACCACCAAGAGCCACUUAUCGUUGAUCCGGCUGCUGAUAAUGAGGAGGGGUUUGGUGUUACCACUGCAUUUGGAGAUUAUGAUUCAAAGCUAAGAGAAGAGGAACAUAAGUGGAUGAUUGAGCUUGAGGCUGAGGAAAAAAAGCUUGAGGAGACUUUAGAGUUUCAGCGGCGUAUUGAAGAAGAGGCCAAGCAGAAGCGCUUUGCUGAUCAAAACAAAAAAACCUUCGAUCAAUGCUUAGAAGUUGUCCCUGGUGGAUUGGAUCAUAAUUUUGAUUCUGUUGAAGCUGGUAGCCUGGAACUGCAUGAGGAUCUCAGGGAGCCCAUGAAGAGAAGCUUAAUUCAUGAUAAAUCUUCUAACAUUUGCAAGGGAAAUGAUUUUGGUUCUAAGCAGGGUUUCCAGGCUUCUACCUUGUCAAGUAGUUGUUUGGACUUUGCUAAACAUGACCUAUCGCGUGGCCAUGAAAAAGCUGAGUUGCUUAGUGGAAAUAGGAACCAACAUAUGGAGGAUAAUGUGAAGGUGCCAGAAUAUUUAGAUGAAGUUCCUGUUAGUCAUGCAUUAAAUACUUCUUUUUCAAGCCAUUCAUCUGGCAGUACUGGGAUGACAAAAGUUGCUAAAGCUCAAGGCCUUUCCAGUGCCAGACGCAAGCCUGGCUUGCCUGAUGAAGGGGAUUCAGGAGUUUCUUCUUCUGUUCAAAAGACGAGAAGACAAACUCAUAAGCCAAGCAAUAUAGCGGGCGAAAGAACUAAUAAGAUCCCUUCAGUUGAUAAAGAAAAUCAUGGAGGUAUGGCACCUAAACUUAUUCUGAAAGACCAGACUCAAAAUAGGAUGCAGGAUGCUCCUCAUGAUGGAAAUGCUGAACUAUUAAAUACCAGUGUUGCGAAGCAAGCGGAUUCUGUGAUUUCAAAGCUUGAAGAUAACCCAGCUGAUUCGUGUUCAAAAGAGGCUGUCACAAAAACGUUAAGGCAGCUUCAUGCUGAGGAGGACGAUGAAGAACGGUUUCAAGCUGACCUUCGAAAAGCUGUACAAGAGAGCCUUGACACCUAUCAAGCCAAACGUGGGCUGCAACCAGUUAGGAGGUUACCUAAAGGAGCUUCAACAGAAACAAUUGAUAGCAAGGUUAAUCAUGAGGGGAUUAUGGACAAUGUCUUGAACAAGAUAGACACAUUGGGUGCUGGUCUGCAAAAUGAAGUUGGCGAAUACAACUGCUUUCUGAAUGUUAUUAUUCAGUCCUUAUGGCACAUAAGGCGGUUCCGGGAUGAGUUCUUUAUGAUUUCAAAGUCGGUUCAUAUGCAUGUUGGAGAGCCUUGUGUCAUCUGUGCCUUGUAUGAUAUCUUCAAUGCCAUGAGCACGGCAGCAACUGACAUGCGAAGAGAGACUAUUUCUCCAGCCUGUUUGAGAAUUGCUUUAAGCAAUUUGUAUCCAGAGAGCAACUUUUUUCAGGAGGCACAAAUGAAUGAUGCUUCUGAAGUACUGGGAGUAAUCUUUGAUUGCCUGCACAAAUCAUGUACAGAUAUUUCAGACACGGAAUCAGAAGAAAGCAACAGUGUGGGCUCCUGGGAUUGUACAAACAAUUCUUGUAUUGCACAUUCACUUUUUGGCAUGGAUGUCUAUGAACAAAUGCACUGCUGCAGUUGUGGACUGGAGUCACGUCACUUAAAAUACACUUCAUUCUUUCACAAUAUCAAUGCCAAUGCACUGCGAACAAUGAAGAUAACUUGUACAGACAGUUCUUUUGAUGAACUUUUGAAGCUUGUGGACAUGAAUCAUCAGUUAGCCUGUGACCCUGAGGCAGGUGGUUGUGGGAAGCUGAACUAUAUUCAUCAUAUUCUUUCAACACCUCCACAUAUAUUUACAGUUGUUCUUGGUUGGCAGACUACUUCUGAAAGCGUUGAUGAUAUAUCAGCCACGUUGGCUGCAAUCACUACUGAGUUGGACAUUGGUGUCAUAUACCAAGGUUUGGACAAUCGAAGCAGACACUGUGUGGUUUCAGUGGUAUGCUAUUAUGGACAGCAUUAUCACUGUUUUGCAUAUAGUCAUGAGCACAAUAGAUGGAUUAUGUAUGAUGAUACCACCGUGAAGGUAAUUGGCGGCUGGGAUGAUGUUCUUGCUAUGUGUCGAAAAGGUCAUCUGCAACCACAGGUUCUAUUUUAUGAAGCUGUAAACUAAAGGAAGAGGUCCCAUUCAGUCCCAUUCAGCUUCUGUUUACUGCCAAUCUGCUCCAAGUUGCUGAUGCAGCAACCAAAUGCAUGGCAAUUCUCAGAUUAGCAUUUGUUCCAUUGUCAUUCACUUGGAAACUGGAGACCUGCAUUACCUACAGGUGGAAGGGGAUGGAGGUUUCCUUAACGAAAUUUAUUGAUGGAUAUCUCACUGCAUUCCAUGAUUGAAGAUCCACUUUUUUUUGGUUGGAUGACAUGUUCACAUGUGAAUGGAAUGAAGAUUCCCAUGUGCCCCACAUCAUCUCAUACAGGAAAUUUUAUGAUAGUAAAUAAUAUUGAUUGAAGCUGCUUCAUUUUCCACUGGGGCACAAGAAGAAUUUGCGAUCAAUAAGUAUGUACAGUAUAGCUGCAAGUUCCAGAUAGCAUUUUGUUGUGAAUCAGAAGAAAAUUUGGCUUUUAGCAGCCAGUGAAGUUUUGGUGGAUUCAUGUUGGGCUUUUGAGCAGGGAAAGAUGGAAGAGUUUUGCUGCUCAAGCUGAGCAUGUCGUGGCCUCUUGAGAUUUGUUUCUAUUCCUCGUAAAGAUGCCAAUUACAAGUGUAAUUUUUGAGAUAUCUUUUCUUCGUUUAACUGAAAAUUUUAGCGUUUCAUGUCAAAGUUGCGGGAGCACAUAUGAGAAUUUUGAGACAUUUUUCAUUGUAAAGAGGCUUGUGCCUAAGGAUUGGGAUUGGUUAUGCUCAAAUACUAGAAGUUAAACUGCAUAUAUCAUCAGUGAUUACAGAUUA